CCGAUGAAAGGAAAAUGAUUAAAAUCAGAGAAUCCAAGGUUAAAGCUGAAGAGGAGGAUGCAGAAUUGAGAAAAAAGGCUCCAUUACUCACUUCCAGCAAUGAAAAUAUUCAAAUUAAAUCGGGACAUUCAUCAACUGAACAGCUCAAUGGCAAAGAAAAUGAUGUUUGGGAGCUUCUGGAACCAAAAGACAUUCAUUCUCAGAUCCCACCAGAAUUUUAUAAAUUACUAGUUGAUGAAAAAUGGCAAGAACGCAUGAAAGGAUUAGAACUUUUGUUUAAGCUUUUAAAUGAUUGUAAAAGAAUUGCAGAUGAUCCUGCGCAUAAACAAUUAAUUGCUAGCAUUGGCAAGGUUCUUGCCUCGGAUUCAAAUAUUAAUUGUGCUUCUAUGUCCGCCAAAUGUUUAUGUUUAAUUGCUCAAGGACUUCGCUUUGGAUUCUCUCCUUACUCUGCCGGAUUGGCCCCGAUUUGUUUUGACAAAUUUAAAGAGAAAAAGGCAACUUUGAAAGAGCCUCUUUCUAUUUUAGUCGAUGCUCUUUUCUUUUCCACGAUAAAGAAUUUACAUUUAAUCACGCCAUUUAUUUUGGAAUUUGCAACAAAGCCAAACCCUAGCCAAAAGUCUCAAUUAGACUUGGCUCUCUACAAACUUUUUAGUUCUUUGCCGGCAAAACAUUUACCUAAAGGAUUUGUUAAAGAAUUGGUGCCUAUUCUUUGCGAGCAUUGUUUGGGAUCUGACCCACAAGUUAGAGAUUCUUCUUGUGCUGCAUUGGGAGCUUUGCAAAAAUGUGUCGGAGAACAAGUUGUUUCAACUUUUUUGACUCAAAAUGUUGCUACUGAUGAAAGGAAAAUGACCAAAAUUCGAGAAUAUCAUCAUAAAGUCAAAGAUAUUCCUAAUUUUCAUUUGCCUGCUUCUAACGUGACGAAUAAAGAUUCAGAACAUUUGAUAUCUUUAGAAGCAUCAAUUUGUUCAAAUAAAUCUUCAAUUAAGGACAAAACCUUUACAAUGAAUCAAAAUGUUACCAAAAACAACAAAAAUGUUCGUCCAUCAACAACAGCCUGUUUAACUCAAAGAACUCCUUCAUCUAUUAAUUCAACUACAAUUAAACCAUCUAUGCCAAUAUCUCGUCAAAUUCCGUUUCGACCUGUUACUGCUCAGCCGCCUCAAAUGACACCAACAACCAAACGGACAAUGUGUUUUGCAUAUCCAAACACGCCUUCAGGUUCAAGAAUUCCAAGAAUUACAAAUUUAAAAAAGUGA